AUGGACGUGCGCGUGACGACGCCGUAUGACGAAGAACUGGAAGACAUCGAAGAAUUUAACAACCGCAUACUAGCCACCGAGACGCUGAAGCACAAGGGGGAAAAUGUGCAGCGCAAGGGAGACGAGGCGUGCCCGAAUAUAAAAAAGCUGGUUCUGCCGGGAGAAGCAAUCCUCAGUAAGAAGGACAAGGGCAGGUUCUUGAAAGGCAGUGGAUUGUACGAAGAGGACGAGAAAUAUUUUGCAUGCAUCGUAGGCACUGUAAACUAUAUUAACAAGUUAGUGUACGUAGAACCGUUAAGAGGGAAAUACACAGGUGCAGUAGGAGAUCUCCUGGUUGGAAAAAUAAAAGACAUAAGUAACGACAAGUGGGUUGUUGAGAUUGGCUCCUACUGCAAAGCACUGCUGUCCAUAUCGCAGACAAACAUCAGCGUCUUCUCUCAAAGAAUAAGACUUUACAAUGAUGUCAUUAAUAUGAUUAAUAUAUAUAAGCCGAACGACAUUAUAGCAUGCGAGGUGCAGAGAAUCCUCCCCGAUGGGUGCAUUAUCUUACACACAAGAUCCUCCAUAUAUGGGAAAUUGUCUAAUGGCAUCCUAAUCACCGUCCCGCAAACGUUAAUACAGAACCAGAAGAAGCAUAUUUUUGUCUUCCCUUGUAAUGUCCAGGUUAUACUUGGCAUGAAUGGAUUCAUUUGGGUUUCUUCACCCAUUAAGAAGUCCAAGGAGACGAACCCCAACAGCGUGGAUGAGGACAUCGAGGACAACAAAUUUGAGGAAGUGGACGAUACCACCAGGAGGAACAUUAGCAUCAUCAGCAACAUAAUUAAGUUGCUCGCCAAGUAUCACAUAAAUAUUAACUAUGACAUUGUCACCAAGAUUUAUAUGCACUACACCUCCAGCAGUAACAACUCGGCCAGCUACAUUUUGAAGCCCUACGUCUCGGACUCCUACCUCUUCAGCUACAUAGACAAGUUCGCCCAGUGGGGGUGA